AUGAUGUCCAUGUCUCUGAUGUCCAAGAAGAAAGAUACUUCAUAUAAGGCUGAUCCAGUAGAGCCUUCUGUAAAGUGUAAACUUCCUGUAAAGUAUCAUUAUUUUUUAAGAAAUAUACGUCCAUCUGAGAAAUUGAAAUGGAGCAAAGCAUCUGUGAUUUCCAAGUCUAAAAGAUCCUGUGAUCCUCCUGUGAAUUCCAAACCAGGAGAUGCUUUUGAGAAACCAGAGCCAGGUAAUCAGUCUGAGAAGUCUGACGAUCCAUCCAAGAAACCAAAUCCCAGUGAUCCUUCAGAGAAACCAAAUCCGGGUGAUAUUUCUGAGAAGCCAGAUCCGGAAGAUCCUUCAGAGAUGCCAGAUCCGUGUAAUCUUUCAGAGAGAUCACAUCCAGAUAAUCCUUCUGAGAGAUCAGAUCUGGAUAAUCCUUCUAAGAGGACACAUCCGGAUCAUCCUUCUGAGAAGGCUGAACCAAAUGAUCUUUCUGAGAGGCCAGAUCCGUCAGAUCCAGAUAAUCCUUCUGAGGGAACAGAUCCAAAUAAUCCAUAUGAGAGGACAGUUCCGGAUAAUCCUUCUGAGAAGCAAGUUCCAGUUGAUACUUCUGAGAGGCCAGAUCCAGAUAAUCCUUCUUAG